AUGGUGGGUUCAUCGAGACAAGGCUUGCCGGCAUGGGCGGGGGUGGCGACGGCGACAAGAAAGGUGGAAUUAGAUAAAAACAUGGCGGUGAAAGAAGAAUCUUCACUAACGGCUUCCUCUGUUCCCAAAAUUUCGGAGGUGGACUUGAGCUUCCGAGAAAGGGCACUUUCAGCUGGCGCCGCCGCUUUCGUUUCCGCCCUUAUCGUUAACCCUCUUGAUGUUGCAAAGACUAGGUUGCAAGCUCAGGCAGCUGGAGUUCCCUAUUUCGGUUGCUUCGAUACGGGCACGAUGUUUCCCGAACUCAAGUACGUACAAUCAUCUGCCAGCUCUCGACCACUGUGCUCUCCUGGUUCCACUCGCUACAGAGGAACAUUGGAUGUAUUUUAUAAAAUUAUCAAGCAGGAAGGAUUCUCAAGAUUGUGGAGAGGAACUAAUGCCAGUUUAGCAUUAGCAGUACCCUCUGUUGGAAUCUAUAUGCCUCUGUAUGAUAUUUUCCGGAACUACAUGGAAGAUUUCACGUCACACAAUGCUCCAAGUGUCACACCGUAUGUUCCCCUGGUUGCUGGAUCCUUAGCACGCUCAAUAGCAUGUGUCUCUUGUUAUCCUAUUGACCUUGCAAGAACUCGUAUGCAGGCAUUCAAACACAGCCAAGGUGGUGGUAAGCCUCCAGGAGUGUGGAAAACUUUGAGCAGUUUUGUCCCUCCCAUUAAGAAUGCCAGUAAUCAAUCUUUUCACAGCUAUCGCAUACUAUGGACUGGCCUUGGAGCACAGCUUGCACGUGAUGUCCCCUUCUCCGCAGUUUGCUGGUCAUCUCUUGAGCCACUUAGAAGAAGAAUCUUAAGCCGGGUAGGAGAUGAGGCUAGUGUCUCAAGUGUCCUGGGCGCAAACUUCUGUGCUGGUUUUGUCGCCGGAAGCCUUGCAGCUGCCGCCACAUGUCCACUAGAUGUUGCUAGAACUCGACGGCAGAUAGAGAAAGAUCGGACACGACAAUUGACGAUGACCACACGGCAGACGUUGAUUGAAAUAUGGAGGGAUGGAGGUUUUAAGGGGUUAUUUACGGGAGCGGGCCCUCGAGUAGCCCGAGCUGGCCCAUCAGUCGGGAUCGUAGUUUCGUUUUACGAAGCCGUCAAGUUCGCAUUGCAAUAUAGACACUCGAUGCAGUAA